ACAAGUGAUCAUCCCGCCAAAAUGCAAAAUGGCCAAGAUUCCUACUCUGGAAAUUAACUAACAAGGAGGGAUUAAUUUGCGUUAAAAACCCCAGCAAACAUUUAUAUUCUUUUUCACGUUGUCAAAAUGGAGAGAGAUCGAGACCUGGCUGAACAACUACGAAGCUGGGCAUUGGACGAAAUGCGAUUUCGACCUCAAGGACGACACGUCAAUGCAAGUGUACCAUCGAAGGACGACUUCAAGAUGUUAUGCCGUGGAGCAAUGGUGGAUGUUUGGAAGUAUGUUUUACAGCAUGUCAGGUCUACAAGAACUGUGCAGAAGAUCCAUGGGAAUUUGAAGUUACAAAAACUGAUCCAUGAACAGGCAGCUCCUGUAGUUGAUAAAGCAGAGGACAGUGAAAGAGGAGAUGUCAAGGAGAAACAUUCUCUGUUAACUAAGGAGCUUUUGGAAGUCAGAAGUAAAGUGCAACAUCUGGAAAAAGAAAUGAGGGCCUUGCAGAAGGAGAUUCUUGAGGCUGAGGAGGCAUAUUCUGACACUACCCAGGAAAUUUCUGAUCUAAUGAAAAGAACUACUUUGCUGAGCAUCCAUUCCAAGCAGUGCAAACUGUUGGUAGAGUUGUACACAAGCCUUGCUAAACAGAUUAAGGAUAAGAACACAAUUUACAAGGAUAUUGCAAGAAAAAAAUCAGCUGAUCCUACAUAUUAUACAUCACAGGGAAUCAUAACUGGGAGAAAGGAAACUUUUACAGCCAUUGAUGGGCGAUCAACUCCUACAGGAUUAGAAUCAGCUUCGACGCGAUCAGUUAGGGAAUCUUGUGAAAGAAUUGGAUCAUUUUUACAUGAUAUCUGUAAGGCAGAUGAAGAGAAUGGAAGGGUUGAGGAUGCAAGUCAGAGAGAGAUAAAAGAUCAAUUAUGGACUGGAGUAGAGAAUGCCUUGUCUCAACACAUGGCAAAAGAUGUUCUUACAUCUUUGUGUCGAGUAGCCCAGGACUCUGCAGUCAGCCUGCGGGAAUUGUCUGUGAGAAUUGAUCUAAAGAAAGAUGCUCAAGAACUCAAGUUUAAAUAUGAAAACUGUGGCAAACUUACAGACACUUCAUCGCCACCUUCUUUGCUUCAAAGUGUUCACCAAUUAAUAGAGAAAGGUCAAGCUGCCCAUUUUCAAAGGUUUGUUGAAUCUGAAAGAGGACUCAAUGAAGCCUGGCGAGGAAGACAAAGACUUCAAACUCUCCAGCAACAGUUGGAGGCUAAUUUUGUGGCCAGAUACCAAGACUCUCCUGGAAAUAUUGAAUUGGCAAGAGUUUUGCUUCACAAUGAAUUAGAGCUGGCAGCAUCAAAAGCCUCCUUGGAUUACAUGAAGGCAGCGAUGGCCGAACUGGCUGCGUGUAGAAAUGAAAGGCAUAGGGCCAAGGAAAUCUUGAUCACGAAACACAAAAAGAUACAAGACUUUGAAAGACUAGCUCAAACCAAACAGGCUAUGAUCCAAGCUCUUGUCAAACAAAAUUCAAACGCCAGAACAAGGAUCGAGAAGCAAAAACAUGAGCUCCUCCAGUACAUACAGCAAAAAAUCUGCUCGCACGAGGCACACGUAGUUGCCAUGACAAAACAACUACAGAACAGUACUGCACGUGAGGUGGAUAAGUUUGCUGCCUUACCUUUGGAUCAAGUUCAUUAUUCUGGAGUGGACAGUGCCAGAAGAGUCCCAAUCAGUGAAUUAUCAAUAAACCGCCUGGAGAAUCUCACCACCAGUGCAGGAGGAACAACAAUCAGGGCUGUUUUAGACAGUUUGGAUUUUCCAAUGUAUAAGGCUCCUGAAGAACUGCUUCCAACAGCUAUGAAUCUGAAAGAGAAAGUUGACGACGCUAAGAUUCUGGCACAAUCACGUGAUAGCAUGUUUUCUGAAGUCAACGGCGACAGGUCGUGUGAUAGGAUGGUUGUGCAUUUGAACGGCUUGAGGAGAGAAGUUGCCGAACAAGACCGCGCACAACUUGAUUAUAUUAUGCCACUGAUACAGAACGGGCUCAACAAAACCACCAAAGCUUUGUCAGACUGUAUCUCUGUCAAGGACGUUGUAAGCUCAUGGUGGGAGCAACCAGCUCAGUUUGUUGUACCGUGGGUGAAGUUGGAUGACAUGAACAUGAGACAGUGGACAGACCAGUGGACAUUGUGCGCCACUCGUUUGAGACAACUACAGAUGAGUCACUGACAGAGGGGCUUGCGGUCGUGACGGACUGGAAUCUCGUAUGCUUUUUAUUUCAUAAAUGUAUUUUGGACAAAGUAAAUAGUUAACCUUAAAGGACAGCUUUACCUUAAAAAACACAGACAAUAACAAAACACCCACAAAUGAAACAAAAAAAAACGGGCCACAGCGGAAAUUAAAAUCCAGGCCAAAGUGUGAAAUUCGGUUUUGUCAUCCAGUCUGAUACAGGACCAAAGAAACUAUAAACGUGAUUUAUUAGAAAUGACCUCUAUGUUUUAAGAUAGCUGAAAUAGCUUCCUGUGUUGAAAUAAAAUGGCAA